AUGAUUCUUGCAAUGAACAAAACAACAAAGACUGAUUGUGAGGAAACCAUCUGGAAUGCUAUAAAUACAUGUCCCGUUCCUGAUAUUGUCCAUUAUCUUAAUAGAAAUUAUAUUAAAAAUAUGAAAAAAUGGGCCCUUUGGGCCUGUCAACAUUCUUCUAUAUUGUUGCAAGUCACUACUACAAAUCCUUUAGAGUCUUAUCAUAGCGAGCUCAAAAGAAUUACAUCAAAGCAACAUGAGUUUAUUAGUGCCUGUAAUAAAAUUAUUAAGUUAGAUUAUAAAAAAGAGCUUGAUUCAGAAAAAACUGCCAUAAAUUUUUUUCAAAAAUGUAUCUCAAUUUUUGAUUUUAAUGAUGAAACAAUCGAACAAAUUCACAAAUUUCCAUAUCCAAUUCAAAAAUUAAUGACCAGCGAGAUUACUGCUAUGAAUAAAAGAGUUGAAAAAAGAAAACUGCUUCCAAAUCUAAUAGCACCAAAAUGUACAUGCCUGUUCUUCUGCCGUUAUUUGGUUCCUUGCAAACACAUCUUUCAUCAGCAUCUUUUUGGUCAAGCCUCUAAUAAGUUAUUGACCAUUAAUAUUUGGAAAAGGCUUCAGGAUAUGUUUGUAAAAGAAGGUAUCGCAAUAUAUGAAGGUAACAAAAUAACUAAAAUUUUGGUACCUGUUCAAACUUUAGAAGAGAAAGAGAUGAAGGCACGUAGGUUACAUAUUGGUGAGAUUAUGGAAAAAAUAUAUGACAGAUACCGUACAACUGAAAAGAAGAGUAAUGAAAACAUUGCUACAGAAUUUAUUAAACGCCUAGACAUGUUAUUAAGUCAAAUUCUUAAUAAGUACACAAUAACUGAAAUAUAA